CACGUAACGCACCUUGAGAGUCCCGACCCGCACGUUACAGAUGUGAGUUGUGAAGUAACAGCCACAUUGCCCGGAGCAGCAGUUUUUCACAGAGAGAGAGAGAGGGGGGGGAAAGUUGUAAGGAAAACUUCUGUGUGGGUGACGGACUAUCAUGGAAAGAGUCAGUAAGGAUGCCAAGACGAACCCGGCAGCGACGGCGGGUCUUUUGUCAAAGAUAUUUUUCUGGUGGCUCAAUCCUUUGUUCAGAACUGGAUACAAACGAAGGCUGGAGGAAGAUGACAUGUACGAAGUGCUCGUGGAGGACAGGUCGGAGAGACUGGGUCAGGACCUGCAGAGGUACUGGGAUCAUGAGGUCCAGAUGGCUAUCAAAGAAAUACGGCCACCUAGACUCACCAGAGGCAUCAUCAGGUGCUUCUGGAAACCAUACGCAGUGCUCGGAUUCUUUACUCUCAUUGAGGAGGUGAUUAAAGUGAUCCAGCCAGUCAUCCUGGGGAAGAUGAUUCAGUACUUUGAGAAUUACAACCCAGAUGAUAAGACCGCUUUAUACGAGACCCUCGGCUACGCCGCUGCUUUGUCUAUCUGCACCAUCGGCCUGGCAGUGCUCCAUCACCUCUACUUCUACCACGUCCAGAGAACGGGCAUGAAGAUUAGAGUGGCCAUGUGUCACAUGAUCUAUAAGAAGGCUCUGUGUCUCAGCAGCUCAGCCAUGGGAAAGACCACCACCGGCCAGAUUGUCAACCUCCUUUCCAACGACGUCAAUAGGUUUGACGAUGUGACCAUCUUCUUGCACUUCCUGUGGGUGGGGCCCCUGCAGGCAGCUGCGGUCGUGGGGCUGCUCUGGAUGGAGAUUGGUCCGUCGUGCUUGGCCGGCAUGGUGGUCCUCAUGUUCCUGAUGCCUGUGCAGACCCUGUUUGGACGGCUCUUUUCUAAGUUCAGGAGUAAGACGGCCGCUCUGACUGACAGCAGGAUCCGCACAAUGAAUGAGGUGGUGUCUGGAAUGAGGAUCAUCAAGAUGUAUGCCUGGGAGAAACCUUUUGCUGCUCUGGUUUCUGAGGUCAGAAGGAAGGAGAUCUCCAAGAUCAUGAAGAGCUCCUACCUACGAGGUCUCAACAUGGCCUCCUUCUUUUGCGCCAGCAAGAUCAUCGUCUUCAUCACCUUCACCCUCUACGUCCUUCUGGGAAACACCAUCUCAGCCAGUCGUGUGUUUGUGACUGUGUCGCUUUACUCCGCCGUGCGACUCACCGUCACACUCUUCUUCCCUAAUGCCAUCGAGAAGCUGUUCGAGACCCGUGUCAGCAUCCGCAGGAUUCAGGAGUUCUUGAUGCUUGAUGAGAUCACAAAAAGCGGCGCUGCUCUGCCACAGGAUGAGAAGAACGAUGUCUCCGUGGAGAUCCAGGAACUGUUCUGCUACUGGGACAAGAGUCUGGAUGCUCCGUCUCUGCAGAACAUCUCCUUCAGUCUGAACUCCAAUCAGCUGCUGGCUGUCAUUGGACCAGUGGGAGCUGGAAAGUCCUCCCUGCUGAGCUCCAUCCUGGGAGAGCUGCCAAAUGAAAAGGGAAUGCUGAAGGUCAAAGGUCAGCUGACGUACGCCGCCCAGCAGCCCUGGGUGUUCCCUGGAACCAUCCGCAGUAACAUCCUGUUUGGGAAAGAGCUGAACCCCCAAAAGUACGAGAGAGUCAUCAGAGCCUGCGCUUUAAAGAGGGACCUGGAGCUGCUCCCAGACGGAGACCUGACGCUGAUCGGGGACAGAGGGGCCACACUCAGCGGUGGACAGAAAGCUCGUGUCAACCUGGCCAGAGCUGUGUAUCAGGACGCAGACAUCUACCUCCUGGAUGAUCCUUUAAGUGCAGUGGACGCCGAGGUCGGGAGACACCUCUUUGAACAGUGUAUCUGUGGCCUGCUGAAGAACAAGCCCCGUAUCCUGGUCACACACCAGCUGCAGUACCUGAAAGCAGCCAACCAGAUUCUGGUCCUCAAGGAGGGUCACAUGGUGGCGAAGGGGACGUAUGCAGAGCUGCAACAGUCAGGAUUGGACUUCACCUCCCUGCUGAAGAAAGAGGAGGAAGAGGAGCAGCAGCAGCAGCCGCCUCCUCCUCCAGGCGCCCUCACCAGGAGCAGGACUCUGUCCCAGAACUCGGUUCUCUCUCAGACCUCCUCCGUGCACUCGGUCAAAGAUGGAGACCAGUUACCGGCGGAGCCGGUGCAGACGAUGGUGGAGGAGAGUCGAGCUCAGGGAACCAUCGGAGUGAGUCUGUACGUCAAAUAUCUGAGAGCUGGAGCCAAUGUCGUGGUUCUGCUCAUCGUCCUGCUGGUCAACGUCCUGGCUCAGGUAGCAUACAUCAUGCAGGACUGGUGGCUAGCUUACUGGGCUGAUGAGCAGGAGAAGCUAAAUGCUAACAGCACUAUCACCCAGGAGGGAGUAAACGUCACCAGAGAGCUGAACACAGAUUUCUACCUGGGUGUUUACGGAGGUUUGACCGCAGCCACCAUCAUCUUCGGCUUCAUCAGGAACCUGGUCCUGUUCAACGUGCUGGUCAGGUGUGCACAGUCUCUGCACAACCGCAUGUUCACCGCCAUACUGAGGACACCCGUGCGCUUCUUUGACAUCAACCCCAUCGGGCGAGUUUUAAACAGGUUUUCAAAGGACAUCGGUCAGCUGGACUCCAACAUGCCGUGGACCUUUGUGGACUUCAUCCAGGUGUUCCUGCAGAUCCUCGGGGUCAUCGCCGUGGCAGCGUCGGUGAUCCCCUGGAUCCUCAUCCCCGUGGUGCCCCUCCUCCUUGUCUUCCUCUACCUCCGUCGCUACUUCCUGCAGACCUCCAGAGACAUCAAACGCCUUGAGUCUACCACUCGUAGUCCGGUCUUCUCCCACCUGUCCUCGUCUCUUCAGGGUCUGUGGACGAUCCGGGCGUUCGGAGCCGAGGAGAGGUUCCAGAAAACCUUUGACGACCAUCAGGACCUGCACUCAGAGGCCUGGUUCCUGUUCCUCACCACCUCUCGCUGGUUUGCCGUCCGUCUCGACGGCAUCUGCUCCAUCUUUGUUACUGUCACCACGUUUGGCUGCCUGCUGCUCAGAGACCAGUUGGACGCCGGCUCUGUGGGUUUGGCUCUGACCUACUCGGUCACACUGAUGGGCAUGUUCCAGUGGGGCGUCAGGCAGAGUGCAGAGGUGGAGAACAUGAUGACGUCGGUGGAGAGAGUGGUGGAGUACACUGAACUGGAGAGCGAAGCACCCUGGGAAACCCAGAAGCGUCCUCCUCCAGAUUGGCCGAGAAAAGGUUUGGUGACCUUUGACCGUGUCAACUUCUCCUACAGCGGCGACGGACCGCCGGUGCUGCAUGAACUGAAAGCCACAUUCAGACCCAAAGAAAAGGUUGGGAUCGUGGGGAGAACCGGCGCCGGGAAAAGCUCCUUGGUCUCAGCUCUGUUCCGCCUGUCAGAGCCUCAGGGAAAGAUCUACGUGGACGGUAUCCUGACCUCAGAGAUCGGCCUCCAUGACCUCCGCCAGAGGAUGUCCAUCAUUCCUCAGGACCCAGUGCUGUUUACUGGCUCCAUGAGGAAGAACCUGGAUCCUUUCAACCAACACAAGGAUGAGGAACUGUGGAACGCUCUGCAAGAGGUUGCUGAAAGUCGGUCGUGGGAGGAGCUGCCUGGGAAGUUAGAGACGGUUCUGGCUGAGUCGGGCUCUAACUUCAGCGUUGGGUCACGAGGCAGCGGUGUGUGUCUGGCCAGAGCCAUCCUGAGGAAGAACCGCAUCCUCAUCAUCGAGACGGCCAAGCCAAACGUGGACCCCAGGACAGAUGAGCUGAUCCAGAGAACCAUCCGGGACAAGUUUCGAGAAUGCACGACGGUGCUCACCAUCGCUCAUCGCCUCAACACCAUCAUAGACAGUGACCGGAUACUGGUUCUAGACGCAGGGAGGAUCCACGCCUUCGAUGAGCCUUUCACCCUCCUUCAGGAUCCAGACGGCAUCUUUUACAAGAUGGUGCAGCAGACUGGUAAACAGGAAGCAGCCGCUCUACUACAGGCAGCUAAACAGGUAUUCGAUAACAGAAGCCGCUCCAACAUGUCAAACGGACAUGCGGAGACGGCAGACGGUAACCUGGUCAUCUUUGAGACGGCUCUGUGAGCAACAGGAGGGUCUGACUCGCUGCUUUGCCAGAAGACUUGAGAAAGUGCCUCCAGUGCCCCCCCCAUCCCCUCCCCUCCCCUCCUCUCCCGCCACAGAGCACCUCAUCCAUGGAGCUGGUGAGGAGACCGAGAGGCUCUGGCCUCACUGUGGUGUGGAAUGGCUCAGCCAAAUAUACGCACAUGCUGCUGAGAGAAGCUGGAAAUCACUGCUGUACAAACUGUUGACAUGGACACUAUUUAUUUUUUAUGUUUCCUAUGUAGAGAAGUAGUUUUUAAAAAUGGUAAGUAAGUGCCUUAUUGUAGGUUUGCAGCAGUUUGUACAUGUGUGGAUGUAACCACAGAAAAUGUGCAACUGUGUAAAGAAGCCUUUGUAAAUAUCAAUUGUUGCACAAGAUGAACAAUCACCACGUCCGACAGACGACACCGCAGCAGGUUCACAGAGCUCAGCGAAGGUCUGUCUGUCUGUUUGUUGUUGUUGUUGUUGUUUAGAGAUUUAUUAAUGUUGAAACCUGAAUGUGGAGUUUACUGACAAUCUGAGGACUGCUGCUACAACAGGGGUGGAGUGUGUUUGUGUAGAAUGAUGUUCAUGUCUGUUGAAAUUGUGUGUGACAUGCUAAGGGGGAAUUUGUGGAGUGUGUUGUUUUACUUGAGGUGGUCCUGCUGUGCAGAGGGAGAGAGGGAGAGAGUGAUGUAUCAUGUAGAGUAAUUAGAGUUGGUUUAUAUUUCUGAUGUACAUGUCCCCUGGGUCCCUACAAGUAUUACUGGGG